UACAAUAUCUUUGGAAGGAACAGACAACUUCUAGCUCUUCAAAUAGCUCUUCAAGGAAAAAGAAAUACAAUUUUUUUAAGAAAGAUAAAAAUGGCAUCAUCAAGCUCUUACAAUUCUCCAUGCGCCGCCUGCAAGUUCUUGCGAAGAAAAUGCAUGCCCGGUUGCAUAUUCGCACCAUAUUUCCCACCAGAGGAGCCACAGAAAUUCGCAAACGUCCACAAGAUUUUCGGAGCAAGUAACGUGACAAAGCUGCUCAACGAGCUCCUCCCCCACCAAAGAGAAGAUGCAGUCAACUCCCUCGCCUAUGAAGCCGAAGCCAGAGUAAGAGAUCCAGUUUAUGGCUGCGUUGGCGCAAUCUCAUUCCUUCAAAGACAAGUCCAAAGGCUGCAGAAAGAACUCGACGCAGCAAAUGCUGACCUAAUCCGCUUUGCUUGCAGUGAAAUCCCGACAGCUAUGGCGACAAGUUCAGUUCAGCCAAUGGUAGCAGCUCAUCGACAAAGGCCAAGAAUGGGUAAUGAUGAAGGAGCUGGAGGUAAUUUUUACCAUGGAACUUCUGGUAUGGUUCUUCCUUAUAAUUUUCCAUGGAAUGAUGACAAUGAAGAAGGUGGUGGAGGAGGAGGAAGAGGAAGCAUGUGA